AUGAUUGGGUUAUCAAUAGUUGAAGGGGGUGGAGAGUUCACUCCACACCAGAGUAAAAUUUGUUCAGGUGCUUUACAAGGUGGGCGAAGCGAGGAGGGUACCAACUCUAAUGAUGAUGGUGGUGCAGGGCUUGGAAGGGAAUGCAUGGAUGGCGAAGUUGGCAAUGAGUUGUGGAGCAUCAUGAUGACCAUGGGAUUAGCUUGUCCACGAGAUGUGAAGUACUACAUGGAUAACAAUCCCAUCGGCAUCCUGUCGGUGCUACAAGAACAUCUAGACGCUUGGGCCCCUACCAUUUUUCUCCUAAUCCUCCUCGUAUCAGCCCUCGCAUCAUACCCUUACCCCGACCUUACCCUUGUCAUCCUUGUCAUCCUUGCAUUCCCCUUCGCUCUCUACCUGUCGCUUCAGCAGAGCCAGUACAUCUGGCCGGAUCCUUUUGCUGACGAAGCAUACCCAUGCUCCAUUCCACCACCUGACUGAUCCUGUGGACAGUCCCCUUGCCCUUACCGUCAGGACGGUAACCUAUGAUACGAUGCACGAUGCAUC